AUGCCUCCUGAGCAAGCAUCAGACUAUCAAGAAUUAAAAACAGCAGUUUUGAAAAGAUACCAAUUAACAGAAGACGGUUUCAGAACGAAAUUUAGAGAGAGUAAGCCGGAACAAGGGGAGACUGUAAACCAAUUUAUGGCUCGAUUAGAUAGGUACUUCAGUAGAUGGACAGAAAUGGCCGAUGCUGCGGAUACAGUAGAUAAAUUUAAAGACCUUAUUAUUAGAGAGCAAUUUGUCAAAGUUUGUUCAACAGAGUUAGCUCUUUUUCUUAAGGAACGAAAGCCAAAGAAUCGUAGAGAUGUCAUCUCUUUGGCUAAACAAUACCUAGAGGCUCAUGGCGGUACGAUUACAAAUAGCAAAAGCUCAAAAGUUGCCAGUUUGUCAAAUAAAUCACCAAUACGCCUUAAUCAAGGUAAUCUAUCGAAACAAAUACAGCACUUUCACAGAGAAAACAGAAAAGUAACGUGCUUCAUAUGUAAUAGAGAGGGUCAUGUGGCCAGAGAUUGUCGAGAUCAGACUAAGAAGAGAUAUGGGGCUGCUGCAAUGUCAUAUGGAGAGCAAAAUAGAAAUUACUUUAAAACAAAUCGGGAUUCUUCACCAAGGAACUGGCGUAGUAGGCCUGGAGAAAAUAGACGUGAUGGUAGAUCAGAUGAUAAGAAAGUAUCGGGGUUAUCUAUGUCAAUUUCUCCAGCAAGUUCUUACGAUGGCUGUAUUGAAGAGCGGAAACUUAAAUUAGCAAAUGAAGGUGAACGUCAAUUGGAUCUGAAACUAGGAUAUGUUGGUAAUCAAGAGGUGAACGUUCUUAGAGACACUGGUUGCGAGUUAGCAGUAGUAAGAAAGACGUUAGUGGAAGAAGAGCAAAUGCUGAAUAAAAAUUGUGUCAUGAUAGCAAUAGAUGGUCGAGCCAGGUUGGUACCUAUGGCAAAAAUAGACAUUGAUACACCUUAUUAUAAGGGUAAAAUAGAAGCUAUGGUUUUAGAGUCAGCAAUUUGUGACUUAGUCUUGGGCAAUAUUCAGGGUGUACUUGAUAAGCCAAAUGAGAAGUGGGUUGGCCGAGAAGUAACAAACAUAGCUGCUGUUGUUACUAGAGCACAGGUAGAAAAAGAGAAGAAAGCAAUGAAACCUCUUAAAGUUCCGAAGGUCGAAGAUAACGAAAUAACGGUAGAUGUUUUGAAGAAAAAACAAUCAAAUGACAAUACGUUACAGCGUUUGUGGAAGUAUGCUAGGGAAAAUAAGAUCAUGAAAACAAAAAGUGCUCAUGAAUCUAUAGUGGGUGGGCAUUUGUCUGUACGCAAGAAUUUAGACAGGAUACAGUUUAGUUUUCACUGGCCAGGUAUUUCUAGUGAUAUAACUAGAUUUUGCUGUUCCUGUGAUAUUUGUCAGAAGACGGUGCCCAGGGGUAGACUUCAGAAAGCUCCUUUAGGUGAAAUGCCUAUUAUUGACACUCCGUUCCAGAGAAUUGCGGUUGAUUUGAUAGGGCCAAUAACGCCUGUAUCGGAAAAGGGAAAUAGGUACAUAUUAACUGUAGUUGAUUAUGCUACACGUUAUCCAGAAGCUGUUGCUUUACCAAGAAUCGAGACUGAAAAUAUAGCUGAAGCAUUGUUAGAUAUUUUUGCAAGAGUAGGUUUCCCAUCGGAAAUACUUAGUGAUAGGGGUAGUCAGUUCACGUCACAACUUAUGGAAGAAGUGUUUAGACUUGUAUCACUGAAACAGUUGUUUACUACCCCUUACAAUCCAAAAUGUAAUGGUUUUUGUGAUAGAAUGAAUGGUAUUUUAAAUAGCAUGUUGAGGAAAAUGUGCCAAGAAAGACCUAAGGAUUGGGAUAGAUAUUUGUCUGCGGUUCUUUUUGCAUACAGAGAAGUCCCUCAGUCAAGUACCGGGUUCUAA